GCACGUUUCGUCGUUCUUACACUUCAAUGAUUUCACACUGUCUCCGCCCACACAAAUUGCAGAGAUUAUAUAUAUAUAUAUAAUCGAUACUGAAUUUAAUGAGGCCUGUGUUUCGCAUUUCCUUUAAUUCAUCUUCAAGGAAUUGGAAAGAUCGAAACUUUGGAGUAAAAUUCGAGCAAUCGAAGGUUUUUUGACUUCUGGCAAUGGAUUGGAUUCGCGGCGAUCGAUUGGGCCACGGGAGCUUUGCGACGGUAAGCUUGGCGGUGGCUAAGGGCGGCGCCGAUUUUAAAGCUCCAUUAAUGGCGGUGAAGUCCUGCGGCGCUUCCCGGUGGUCGGCUCUGGCGAACGAGAAAUUGAUUCUUGCGGAGCUGCAAGAUUGUCCAGAAAUCAUACGGUGCUUAGGGGAUGGAUUUUCGUACGAGAAUGGCGAGGAGUUGUACAAUGUGCUGUUGGAGUAUGCUGCCGGCGGGAGUUUGGCGGAUAGAGUGAGGAUUUCCGGCCGCCGGGGGUUGCCGGAAUUUGAAGUCCGGCGAUACGUUAGGGAUUUGGUGAAAGGCCUUUGCUAUAUCCACAAGCUGGGCUACGUUCACUGCGACAUCAAGCUUCAGAACGUUCUGUUGGAUUCCGCCGGCGGGGUGAAGAUCGCCGACUUCGGAUUGGCGAAGCACGCCGGCGUGGAAGCGGCGCCGGCGCCGGCGGGGUGCGAGUUGAGGGGGACGCCGCUGUACAUGUCGCCGGAGAUGGUUGCAGGCGGGGAGCAGGAGGCUCCGGCGGAUGUUUGGGCGAUGGGGUGCGCCGUGUCGGAGAUGAUCGCGGGGUCGCCGGCGUGGAGAUGCUCCGGCGACGUGGCGGGGCUUCUGUUGAGAAUCGGAGCCGGCGAGGAGGCGCCGGAGAUUCCCAGAAUUUUAUCGGAGCAAGGAAGGGAUUUUCUCGAGAAAUGUUUCGUCAAAGAUCCCCGCAAAAGAUGGACGGCUGAAAUGCUGCUGCGUCACCGCUUCAUCGACGGCCAGGAUUUCGAAGAAGACAACGUCACCGCAACGAAAGACGUAGAACACUAUACGGCGUCGUUUUCCCCGAGAGGCCCCUUCGAAUUCUCCGACCUGCCGUCGCCGGCGACGUGCUCUGCCACAUCAUUCCCAUCGCCGGUGAAUCAUCCAGAACCCUACUUAUGGAAUGACCGGCCGUUUUCCAUCUCCGCCGCGGAGCGGCUGCGCGGGAUUGUCAGCAAACAAAUUCCCGAUUGGUCCGUCGCCGAUGACUGGCUCACCGUCCGGUGACGGAAGCAGAAUAUUCCGUCCGUCAGUCAAUUCAACCAUAGUUAAACAACCACAUAAUUACAUUUUUUUGCAGAUGCCCUUUUCCCGUAGGAUUUCAAUCUUCACUUUUAUUUUAUCUAGACAGUGAAGUGACCAAUACGACAGUUAAAAAUAGUGUACAGCCAAGCUUUAUAAAAUGAAAGAUUUUCUUGAAA